AUGAUUUCUAUGAUUGAUAUUUUAAAUAAUAAUAUCAAUCAAUAUCCAUCAUUAACAGUCGAUGGAUCAUAUUGUAAACUUUAUGAAUUACGAUUAAAAGAUUUAGUAGCUUAUAAUCGAUUUCGUAAAGAAAAACAAGCUCAAUAUGUUCAUGAAAAAUUAAAUCAAAAUCAAUCAUCAGAUAAUCAUUUAUCUGAACAACGAUUACAUACAGAAUUUAUUAAUUAUAGACGAGAACGAAGAAAACUUCAAUCUCAAGAAUUAUUAACAAAUAAUUAUAAAAAACAAUCAAAUCAUUCACCAUUAAAAACAAAUCGAACUAUUGCAUUGAAUAUUAUAUCAAAUAAUAUUCCAACAAUAACAGAACCACGAUCAAAAUGUACUAUAAAAACAAAAUUACCUCCAAUACCAACGAAACGUCAACAUGUAACAAGUGCACCAACAGCUUGUCCAAAAAAUAUCAAUAAAUCUAAAAUAAUCCCAAAAAUUACAAUUGAUUAUGUAGAUGAAACUUUAUCAACAGCUAGUAAUCAUUCAUUUACACAAGCUACAUCAUCAUCAUCAUCAUCAUUAAAUCAUCAUAAUAAAAGAUAUAAACAUGCUCGACAAUCUAUAUUGGAUAGUAUAAUGGCACAUCUUGAUACUUAUAAAUCAGAUAAUAUUUCUAAUGGACGUAUUUAUGAAGAUAUUGAACAUAAAUUUUCAUCGAGUAUUGCACCGAAUGUCUAUCAAAGUUUUGAACGUUUUGUUGUUUAA